CAGUCUUGAAAACACGUGUGAGUGAGUGCGUGGCCGCAUAUAUAAAGCCCGUGGAUUCGAAUUGAAAUCAGUUCCACAGAUAUGCUGCGUCCAUUCCAUUUCAUAUUUCUUUUUGUGGCGCUUGCCAUCCUCGCACUUUCCGCAGUUGCGGAUGAGGAAAAUCAGCCAUUAAAUGCUCAAAGUGAGAUCGAACCACAACCAGAUGCAAAUGGGAAUAAUGAUUUAGAAGCAGAUGCCACGUACUGGGGAUAUAGACGGCCUUGGAGAUAUUACGGAGGUUGGGGAGGAUAUGGUGGCUAUGGCAGAGGCUAUUGGGGAGGUUGGAGAGGAGGAUGGGGUGGCCGCGGAUACUAUGGAAGAGGUUGGGGAGGAUUUUAUGGAUAAACCAUUUUUGCGUUUUUCUUCGCACAUGAUGUUCAAUGUUUUUUUAAAUGCGCGAAAUUCUUUUUUUGGAUUUCAUUAAGAUUGUAAACUUUAUUAGUUUGUUCGUUAACAAUACACGUGUAGGAAAUAAAUGAGAUGUGAAAGAACUUCA